CACACAAACCUCAUCUGCGUAGCCGCACACAUACACUUUCUUUCCACCAAACUCUUUCUCUCUCAAUCCACAAUGGCAGAGCGCGGAGGCGGUGAUCGCGGCGGUUUCGGGCGUGGCUUCGGCGGGCGCGGGCGUGGUGGUGAUAGGGGUCGUGGACGCCGCCGAGGGCCUCGCCGUGAGGAGGAGGAGAAGUGGGUCCCUGUUACAAAGCUCGGGCGUCUGGUGAAGGAGGGCAGAAUCCGAAGCUUGGAACAGAUCUACCUCCACUCUCUCCCCAUCAAGGAACACCAAAUCAUUGACACCCUCGUGGGUCCCACCCUCAAGGACGAGGUCAUGAAAAUCACGCCGGUCCAGAAACAGACCCGGGCCGGUCAACGAACCAGGUUCAAGGCCUUCGUUGUUGUCGGCGACAGUAAUGGCCACGUCGGUCUCGGCGUUAAGUGCAGCAAGGAGGUGGCCACCGCCAUUCGCGGCGCCAUCAUUCUGGCGAAGCUUUCCGUUAUCCCCGUUAGGAGAGGGUACUGGGGCAACAAGAUCGGAAAGCCCCACACUGUUCCUUGCAAGGUUACGGGCAAGUGCGGGUCCGUUACCGUGAGGAUGGUUCCUGCGCCUCGGGGUUCGGGAAUCGUGGCGGCUAGGGUUCCCAAGAAGGUGCUGCAGUUCGCUGGAAUUGAUGAUGUCUUCACCUCCUCCAGAGGAUCCACCAAGACCCUUGGCAACUUCGUUAAGGCCACUUUUGAUUGCUUGAUGAAAACCUAUGGAUUCCUGACACCAGAAUUCUGGAAGGAGACUCGUUUUACCAAAUCCCCAUUCCAAGAGUACACAGAUCUGUUGGCAAAACCAACAGGGAAGGCCCUUAUCUUGGAGGAGGAGAGGGUGGAUGCUUGAUUUACAAGUUUUUUAUAUUCUGCAUCUUUUAGGAACUAUUGCUUAUAUAUGUUGUUUGCUUUAUUUUUGGUUUUGAGGGACGGUAUAUUACUCUAUGCAUUUUGAUUUCCAUGUUUUAAUUGACUGCAGUUUUGAGUAUAAUAGUUUUCCACCAUUUUUAUUGAA